AUGGUAGAAACUUUUAUUGAUGGAAAGGAGUUUGAUACAUCAAGAGGGUUGAAAGGGGAAGGAAUUAAGGAACUAGAAACCGGACCAAGUAGAGAGAGCAUCGAAUGGACUGAAAAUGACAGGAUCGUAGCCUUCGAAGCAAAGCCUAGCGAAGCGAGACCAAGUCGGCAUGGUGCAAGGCGGGAACGAGACCGAUCGUCUAGCCUUGCUCGCAUUCAAGGCUGGAAUAACCAGGCCACCGUGUUGAGGCUUGAACAUCAAGAGCUCAUUGGGUCUGUUUCCCCUCAUGUUGGAAACUUGAGCUUUCUUAGGGAACUAUGGCUGCGGAACAAUAGCUUGAGUUAUAUAAUUCCACCAGAACUCGGCCGCUUGCGGAGACUACGAAUAUUGACAAUGGUCAAUAAUUCGAUUACCGGUGAAAUUCCGUCCAAUAUAUCUGGUUGUUCUAACCUUGUUGCCCUUGAACUCUCUGGCAAUAGGCUGGCUGGGAUAAUUCCUAUGGCGCUCGGUUCUUUGACAAAGCUCGAGAGAUUGCUGAUCGAAAGAAACAACAUAACAGGAGGUCUGCCUUCUACUCUUGGGAAUAUAUCUUCUCUUACGAAUCUUACUGCUUAUUCCAAUAGAAUUAUUGGGAAUAUACCAGAUACUCUUGGUGGAUGCAAAAAGUUGGAAGUUCUCAGAUUAGCGGCAAACAAGUUAGUCAGUACCUUUCCUUUCUCAAUAUAUAACCUCUCUUCCAUGACACAAUUAGUAGUAACGUCAAACCAAAUCGAAGGAAGCCUUCCUUCAGACAUAGGGAUCACUCUCCCUAAACUCCAACGCCUAGGUCUUAUUGACAAUUUGUUUACUGGUUAUAUACCUAUUUCAGUAUCCAAUGCCACCAAACUACAUCUCCUUUCGCUUGGAGGGAAUAGAUUUAAAGGAAAAGUCCCUCCAUUAGAAAAGCUACGUGAUCUUGAGACGUUACAUUUAUAUCAGAAUCUUCUAGGAACAGGGGAAGUGGAUGACUUGAGCUUUCUAAACUCAUUGACAAAUGCUUCCAAGUUGCGCACUCUGUCACUGAGCAACAAUAACUUUGGAGGUGUGUUGACUGAAUCUAUUAGCAACUUUUCUGCUUACCUUAGUAAACUAGCUUUGUAUGGCAAUAACAUAGGGGGAAGCUUCCCAACAGGAAUAGGGAAUCUCAUCAAUUUGCAGGUUCUUUCCAUGUACAACAAUCAUCUAAGCGGUAACAUUCCUGCUAAUAUUGGGAAGCUUCAAGAGCUAUAUGUAUUGGAUCUCAGGGGUAACAAUAUCUAUGGGGAGAUCCCAUCAUCUCUUGCAAAUUUAACUUUAUUAAAUCAACUUGGUUUGUCUGAAAAUAAUCUCCAAAGCAGCAUCCCUUCAAGUCUGGGAAAAUGUCAACUAUUGCAGGCACUAUUUAUUGGUCAAAAUAACCUUAGUGGUAUCAUACCCAAAGAAGUUAUCAGCAUCUCAUCAUUAUUGUAUCUAGAUUUAUCUUACAACAAUUUGGCUGGUACCCUUCCAGUAGAAGUAGGAAAUUUAAAAAAUCUAGAAGGAUUUGAUGCUUCUCAAAACAAACUGUCCAAUGACAUUCCAAGCACUCUCGGUAGCUGUGUCACACUAAGAUUACUGUACCUUGAUGGCAACAAAUUCUGGGGAUACCUUCCUGCAACCUUAUCUAAUUUGAGAGACUUGUCAUUCAAUGAUUUUGAGGGUGCAGUACCAGAAAGAGGUGUAUUUAAGAAUGCAACCGCCAUUUCUGUUGGUGGAAACAACAAGCUUUGUGGGGGCAUCGCUGAAUUGCAGUUGCGCAGUUGCAACUCUAGAAGGAAAGGAUUCUCUCUAAUUGGAAAAUUAAUACUCUCGGAAGACAACAGAAGUACCCCCCUUCCGGAUUUUAGGAAAUUCAUUUCUGCAAUUGUCCUACCAAAGUCUGCUUAG